CCAGAGGAGCGAGAGGAGCGCGAAGGAAUUAAAAAAUAAAAGAGGAUUAAAGAGGAAAGAGCAAAAGGAAAAAGAAGGAAGAAGGAAGAAAAAAGGGAAUAAAGGAGGAGAGAAGAAGGAGGAAAAAGCAGGAGAAAAGGCUGAUUUGGGAUGCAGCUGCUCCUGGACGGACCCAGAGCAUUCCCAGGAGCCUGAGUGGAACCAGAGCAGCACCAGAGGGUCCCAUGGAGCAGGAGGGGACCCCCGAGUCCCCCAGAGAGGCUGCGGGUGGGAACGGAAUUCCCGGUGCUGGGGACAGAAUUCCCAAUGUUGGUGACAGAAUUCCCGGUGCUGGGGGUGCAGUUCCCAAUGUUGGGGAUGCAAUUCCCUGUGGAGGGGACACAAAUCCCAGCAUUGGGGACGGAAUUCCCAAUGUUGGGGACACAAUUCCUGAUGUUGGGGGUGCAGUUCCCAAUGUUGGGGAUGAAAUUCCCAGCGUAGGGGAUGGAGUUCCCAGUGUUGGUGGCGGAAUUCCCGGCGUAGGAGACACAUUUCCCUGUGCUGGGGAUGGAAUUCCCAGUGCUGGGGUUGGAAUUCCCAGUGCUGGGGACACAAUUCCCAAUGUUAGGGACGAAAUUCCCGCUUUAGGAGAUGGAAUUCCCAGUGUUAGGGACACAAUUCCUGGUGCAGGGCGUGGAAUUCCCGAUGUUGGCGGCAGAAUUCCCGGUGCUGGGGGCACAAUUCCCAACGUUGGGGACACAGUUCCCAAUUUUAGGGGCGGAAUUCCCAGUGUCGGUGACGCAGUUCCCAGUGUUGGUGACACGAUUCCUGGUGCAGGGAAUUCCCAGGAAGGUUCUGGAAGCCCAUCCGGGCAGCAGGAGGGGGUCUCCAGCCCCCAGGGACCCCCGGGGGGCUCCCCCAAGCAGCAGCAGCCCCUGCAUGAGGAGGGGUCCCCAAAGGAGGACGGGUCCCCGAGGGAAGGGGGGUCCCCCAAAGAGCAGCCCCCAGAGGACAAGGGGUCCCUGAAGGAGGGGGGGUCCCCCCAGCACAGGGGGUCCCCCCAGCACAGGGGGUCCCCGCCGGCCGAGCCCCCCCGGGAUUUUUACUUUGUCAAGUGGAUCCUGUGGAAGGGGCAGCGCACGGCCCUGGUGACCCAGGGCGAGAACGGGCCCUGCCCGCUGCUGGCCAUCAUCAACAUCCUCCUGCUGCAGUGGAAGGUGAAGCUGCCCCCGCAGACAGAGGUGGUCACGGCCGAGGAGCUGAUGGCACAUUUGGGGAAUUGCAUCCUGGCCACCCAACCCAAGGACACCUCGGAGGGGCUGCAGCUGAACUUCCAGCAGAACAUCAGUGACACCAUGACAGUGCUGCCCAAGCUCUCCACGGGGCUGGACGUCAACGUGAGGUUCACGGGGGUCUCAGAUUUCGAGUACACCCCCGAGUGCAUCGUCUUCGACCUCCUCAACAUCCCACUGUACCACGGCUGGCUGGUGGACCCCCAGAGCCCCGAGCAGGUGCAGGCCGUGGGCAAGCUCAGCUACAACCAGCUGGUGGAGAAGAUCAUCACCUGCAAGCACGCCAGCGACUCGCGCCUGGUGAGCGAAGGGCUGGUGGCAGAGCAGUUCCUGGAGGCCACGGCGUCCCAGCUGACCUUCCACGGGCUGUGCGAGCUGACGGCGCGCGCCCGCGAGGGAGAGCUCGGCGUCUUCUUCCGCAACAACCACUUCAGCACCAUGAUCAAACACCAGGGCCACCUCUACCUGCUGGUGACCGACCAGGGCUUCCUGCAGGAGGAGGGGGUGGUGUGGGAGAGCCUGCACAGCGUGGAUGGGGACAGCUGCUUCUGUGACACCGAGUUCCACCUCAGCCACCCCCUGGGCAAGGCCGGGGCCAGCACGGCCCCCCCGGACCCCCGGCUGCAGCAGAGACAAGUGGACCAGGAUUUCAUGGUGGCCCUGUCACUGCAGCAGGGACAGGACCCCUCCUCGGUGCUCAGCGACCUGGAGCUGGCGCGGCAGCUGCAGCAGGAGGAGUACCAGCAGCACCAUCCUCAUCCUCAUCCUCAUCCUCACCACCCCGCUCCUCCUCAGCUGCUCCCAGCGCAGGCGGAGCGGCGGCGCCAGAGGCCGGAUUUGGACUGCACCCUCCUCUAGCACCCCGUGCCUGGGGGUGCCCACGCCUGCAGCCCCCCAAAACCCCACUUAGGGACAUCCUGGGGGGUCCUCCAGGGACAUCCUGGGGGUCCCUGUGGGCUGGAGACGAGGGGUGACCGUCUGAGCCCACCCCAGGAACACCCCAAACAUCCCAGUGGCCUUAACACAGGGGGGAUCCCACUCAGGGGGGUCCCACACCUCAAUCCACACUCCAGGACACGGGUGGGUGUGUGUGUGGGGAUGGGGGGACACCUGCACCCCCCUGUUCAAAAUGUGGCCUUAGCCUUUGGCAAGUAAAGGACUUGUCCCCCUGCACCCUGA